GAAAAUGGAAAAGAGGGUGUCAUUGUUCCUUUAGGACUGUAGAGACAGGUUGAAAUCCUGUCCAGCCAAAUACACAGUCAUUUUUGGAUCUAACCAUAGUUCUCACUCCUGUUCCUAAUGGCAGACAAUGACACGAAGGACCUUCCUCCACCAUACUACUCUGUGGCUGUGGACCCACAGACCCCUCCUAUGACCUACGAGGAGGUGAUUUGUCAGGACAGAUAUGGUGUCGCUCAGAGAACUGUGCCAUACUAUGUUCAGAAGGAUCCAGCACAAGUUCAGGUACCAGCUGUCAUCGUCACUCAGCGAGUUGUCGUUCCUCCAAAAAGGCAGGAGUCUUGUGGACGGAGAGGCAAGUGUUGGGGAGGAUGGGGAAGUGUGCUGUUUCUGUUGUUUCUCAUUGGACUGGCCAUCUGGUUUGGAGUGCGUUACGGAUCCAAGUCAUAUUCCGUCCAUUAUGAGGACAAUUGCAAGGGAAAAGAUUGCAAGGAAAAUCAAGACCACGAGACGGAUGACGACCUGAAGGGGUGCUCCAACUCCUGCAAGCUGUGUGACGGCACCAAAGACUUGCAAUCGGCCAGCGAUGAGACAAACUGCGUGAGAUUUGGUGAAGGUGACGUGUUGCAGGUCAGAACUGCUCCGGAUGGUGGAUUCCUUCCAGUGUGUUAUCAGGGAUUGGAUAAGAGUUAUGCUGACCAGAUCUGUGAACAACUGGGCUUUAGAGGGUCUUAUGCAUCAAGUGCAGUGAAUAGCGAGAUGUCCAAAGCCCUUACUUUAGAAUCUAGAUCAGACAAACUUAUUCAGGGUCUGGUCAAAGUCAGCCCGAGCUGUUUGAACAACAAGGCAGUUUCACUUGAGUGCACAGAUUGUGGCAAGCAGCAAAGUGCCUCCAGGAUCAUAGGGGGCACGGCCUCUAAAUUUGGCCAGUGGCCUUGGCAGGUUAGCCUGCGUUUCAAUGGACGCCAUGCUUGUGGUGGAUCACUCAUCUCUCCAGACUUUGUUGUGUCAGCUGCCCAUUGCUUCAAAAGAGAAAUGGCGAAUUCUGGAUAUUGGCGUGUUUAUGUUGGGGCUAUUUCCCAGGAUACCCCUCAGACUCCAUUAUUUGUGAAGAAGAUUAUGGUGAAUGAGAAUUUCAACAGCAAAACCAAUGAUUAUGACAUCGCCUUACUGAAACUCACCAGUCCUGUUGCUUUCUCCGAUACCAUACAGCCAGUUUGCCUUCCUACAUUUGACCAGACCUUUUCUGAUGGAUUAGAGUGCCGGACAUCUGGCUUUGGGACAACACAAGAGGGAGCAGCCCAGGGCUCUAACAUUCUUAUGGAUGUGGCAGUGAAUGUCAUUGACACACUUGUGUGUAACAGCAGUCAGGUGUACGGUGGAGCCAUCACUAAGAAUAUGAUGUGUGCCGGCGAUAUGAAUGGGGACCGGGACUCCUGUCAGGGGGACAGUGGAGGUCCACUGGUGUGUAAGGAAGAUAAUGAACGCUGGUAUCUGGCCGGAAUUACCAGUUGGGGAGACGGUUGUGGACGAAGACAAAAACCAGGAGUAUAUAGCAGGGUGACCGGCCUUCUGCCCUGGAUCUACAGCACGAUGCAGCAAGAGAAGCCCUGAUGCCUUUCUUCUGUAUGGUGUGUCCAUCCCUGACAAUUUGAACAAUGACAGUGGACACAGGACAAAAGAUGAAGGACAGAGUAAUGCACUUUGACAUGGGACAAUAUUGCAAUAUUGUAGCCACAAUUGGACAAAGAAAAAUACUUUAUUGAUUCCACGGUCUCCUACAAGAAUAAAACAACUCAACGCGGGAAAGCAGAGCUGCAGGCAUUGAAGCGCAUGCAGUUCACCUCUGUUGCUUUCCUCAUUCUUUUCUAUGCAUUUAUACUGUAAGUUCACAGCACACUGCUGAACCUGAGCCUUUGUUGCUUCUUUAACUCUGUAUCCUUGCACUGAUUCUACAGAAAUAAUGGGAGUGUUCUACUAAUAUGUAUUUAUUAACCAAAAGGGUGUUAAUUUUACUUGAAAAUCAGUGUCUAUGAGCUAAGAUAAAAUGUGAUUGUGUUGUUUUAGCCUGUGUGAAGGUUCCGUCCUUUUCUCUCUGAUUCCUAUUGCUUCUUUAUAAAUCAUGCCAAAAGCA